AUGAGGGCUGAAGUGUCAGUUUUACUUGCUCUGCCUCUUCUGGCCACGGCAACUACGUACAACCUCAGUGCUCUCUUUGGGUCAGUUCUUUCUCCAGAUGCUGAAUAUUAUUACCCAAGUGAUGCCAACUGGACCGGGGAGGUAACCCAGAGAUGGAGCACAUGGCACGCCCCUACAUACCUGGGUGCUAUCAAGCCAGCAACUGAGCGAGAUGUGCAAGACAUCGUCAAAAUUGCUUCUGCUCAUAACAUCUCCUUUCUCGCAACCGGUGGUGGCCACGGCGUGUCUCAAAACUUGGCCAAUGUACAAAACGCAAUCGACAUUGAUCUAUCAAACUUCAAGACUGUCGAGGUUGACGAGGCAAAUAACCAAGUGAUUGUUGGCGGUGGUGCAACCUAUGGCCAGCUCUAUGAUCCGCUAUAUAAAAUCGGGAAAGAAAUCCCAACCGGCAAUGCAGAGUGCGUGGGGGUAGUUGGAGCGUCUGUCGGUGCCGGCGUUGGCUUGCUUCAGGGUCUACAUGGAUACACGUCUGACGCACUGCUCUCGGCGCGCAUUGUAACUGCUUCGGGAGUUCUGUUUGAAGCAUCUGCAACAAACAACACUGAUCUGUUUUGGGCCAUUCGCGGUGCCGGUGCGAACUUUGGUAUUAUUACGUCCGCAACAUACCGGAUUUACGAUGCUACGAAUGGUGGACAGGCGCAGAAUGCAGACUUUCUAUUUCCCCAAACGGCGAACAGAUCUGUCUGGGAUGCGCUUCAGACACUGGAUGAAACGCUCCCAGCCGAGUUGUCAGUAACUAUCACGUCUGCGUACAAUCAGACGAGCGCCCAGGCUGCGAUACUCGUGAACCUUGUCUAUUUCGGGCCACAAGAUGAAUUCCAACCUUACGUGAAUCAGUUUGUGGCUUUGAACCCAACGCGGUGGCGGAAUAUCACUGCGCCAUGGAAUAAUUUGAUCGCUCAGGCAAAUUUCGGUGCCCCUUCCAGUAGCUGCGACACAAACGAGCAUAUCAACAUGUUCAGCAUCGCUCUAAACAAGACAGAUCCGUUGACAUUCCAAGGCUUCUUUGAUGAUAUGAUUCUUUUUUCUCAGAUGAACCCUUCGUACAGUGGCGCCUGGGUCAUUGAACGCUAUGGUUCACAGGGUCCCAUGGCUGUCCCAACGGAAAGUCGAGGUGUUUAUCCAUGGCGCGAGGCAAAGAUGCAACUGCUCUUUGAAAGCAACUACGCCAAUAGCUCACUUGAUGACACUGUGGACGCAUUCUACACUCAACAACGCCAACAUUUCAAUGAAUUCAGCGGUUUUAACACUUUUGCUACUUAUGUUAACUAUGCCCACGGUGAUGAAGGUCCAAACGCGUGGUAUGGUGAUGCGGACAAUCUGUCGCGUUUGAGUGCAUUGAAGAGCAAAUGGGACUCGAAUAAUCUUUUCGGAGCAGCCAAACCUGUGCCCUUUUAG